GAACACGCAGAAUCCGUUUCGUCAAAUAAAUUGCAUACAAUGAUAUAAAAGUUGAAAUGGCGCAUUUGAGGUUAUACCUCAUAAAGUAGUAGUAUAUUUUGGAGUUUCUACCGCAAUUUUACAUUUUGUAGCAUGCGUUUUUCAUUUGGAGUUUCCCAGAAAAUGAAGGAAGCUCAAAAAAUCUAGAUUAAUUAUACAAAUAAAAAUUUUUUUGUAAUGUGAAUAAUCUUGUAUAACAAUACUUCGUAUAAUAUAUAUAAAAAAAAUUAAUAGUAACAAUAGCCUCUUAAUAUACGUCUUUAAAGCUACUUUUAAGAUUUAGAGGUUCGUACACUGAAGGUUAAGUACGAAUUAUAAUAAGUAACGCACGAAAAAAGAAAAAAUAUAUAAUUGAUAAAAAAGAGGAUAUAGGUGAUGUGUUUUAAUAGAUAUUUAGCCACGUGAAGUAAAAUGAAGCGACGGCAAAGAAAGACAGUGCUUAAUAUUAACGGUGAGUCUGACUCACCAAGGAGACGCUGGCCGACUGAACGUCAAUCUCAAAAUGGAUCACCAAGUAAUCCUUUGGCAAAUUUUUUGGGACAUUACAAUUCAGACAGUGAAGCCGAGGACGAUACUAGACCAAGAUCACAUAUGCUCAACGAUCAAGUUAAUGACUUUCUCAAGGAAAUACAAUCGAUUGCCCCUGAAGUAUUAAAUAAAGACAAUCGAAAUCGUACAAUUGCUCAUUCGUCUUCAUAUUGAUAUCCAUACUAUUGGCAUACAGAAACUAAUCAGGUUACUUGGGAAAAGCCAGAUGAAUUAAAAUUGUUUCAUGAAAAAUGCCAACAGGAAACUAUUGUAUCUCAUAGUUCACACAUUCCACAGUGGUCAAAUAUUUCUACAAAUAAAUUUUCACAAUCACAAAGCAAUAUUCCAGAAGGUAUGAUACCAAAAGAAGUUGUUGUUAGAAAUCGAAAUCGACAAGCUGGUAUUCUAAAUAAACCUGAAAAAUUACCUAUCAAAACAAAUAGUUGUAGAUCUCCAGGAUUUAAAAAAGAUGACAGCUCUGAUGAUGGUAAAAUUGAAAUGAUAACAUCAUUUGGCAACGACGAAAGUGAUUCAGACGAAAGUGAGCACGAAGAGUUACUAAAGAAAGAACUAUAUUCUAAGAAAAAUUCGCUUAAAGCUAGUCAAACUUCAAAGCCACCUGUGGAAUUAUCAUCAAAAGUUCCAGAAUCAAAUGACACUAAAACACAAUUAGGGUCAAGUCUCUCAACGGUGCAAUAUGGGCCACAAAACAAAGAAAAACCUAUUGAGAAGGUAACACAGACCAUAGUAUCAAGCAAAUUAGUAGUGACCAAUGCAGCUAUUGUCGAGGACGACAUUCUGACGCGAAUGAAACUCGUAGAGUAUGUCGGAAGUAAGCCCUCGAGCCCUGAAAAUGUCGAUGAAGAAAAGCGGAAUGUGGCCGAUGCUGAUACUGGGUCUGAUUGCACGAAAGAACUUAAACUGUCGCUCGUGCCAGGCUAUGAGGAUGACUCAGAAGGCGAGGAGGAAGCGAUCAAUACAAACCGCAAGCCGCUUUUUCCUAUUGCUCAGACGACCGGAGUCGAGCUCAAGCAAAUCGAAACUAGCUCCGGCAGUACUAGGAUAUACGAGUACCUAGACACGGAUGAAAUUGGUUCCGAUGAGAAGCACGAAGAAGACGAAGUUAAAAUCGAGGAUAAUACAGAAGAACGAUCGGAGGAAAGUAAAAGUGAACUGGAGUACAAGGCCAAUAAGUUUCUUGAGAGCAUUGAUGUUCCUAGCAAAGCUUUCCAAAGAAAAAAACGUAUAGCUUUCGAUGUUGCUUUAAACAAGGGUAAACCAGUUCCGGAAAGUCAAGAGACAUCCAUCGGUAAGGAUGAAUCUCCACCUAGCGGUGAAGUCCCGGAUCGUAGAACCAUCGACGUAAUCCAGGAAGAUGUUGCCGACGAUGCUUCGCUCGAAGCCGACUCUUGUGUCAAAUCGGAAGUUGAGUCCAAUAAGAAAUUACCGGCAGUGAUAGCUUUCGUCAGAGCAUCAUCCGAAGAGGAUACCACCAUCAAAUCAGCAGAGAAUGAUGAACCCGAGCUGAAGAUUCUUACCGAGCCUAUCAUUGAGAAGCUAAAAUUUUUAUCCGAGGGUAGCCCCGCUGCUUCGGCUGUUCAAGUCAUGGCUAUUCAAAUAGAAACGUUAGUAAGCGCUUGGGAAUCCGGUGAUCUUCAAGAGACAUACUUGCGAAAGUGGCUAAUUGGUACUGGUUGUGAGCUGACGAGACUUGAAAAAACGGCGGCACCUCCAGGAUGGGAAUGUCAGUGGGAUAGGUCGCAUAAACGUUACUAUUAUCGGAACUCGUCGACAGGCGAUGCUCAGUGGACGUACCCGGAGACUGACAUCGUUGGCGGCACCGAGGAAAUGGAACUUUGUACAACACCACCACCACCUGAACAAGAGGAUACGCCCAUUAUUGAGAUGAGCGAACAAGCGGCGACAAUCAACGCAGAAACAACGAGCAAAGAAAAGAGUGCGACUAACGAAUUAAAGCAGCAGCCACAGGGGGAGUCGAUGCCUCUACCACCCCCACCGACGAUCUCGAGUCCAAGUCCACCACCGCCACCACAUAUUUUCGAUGAUGAACAGAAACACGCCAAAAAGCGAAAAUGCAGUUCCGAGGAAGGCGCCUUGGACAUAAAGGAAGAAGAAACAAAGGAUGAGAAGUCAAGAGUGGAGCCACUACCGCCUGGUGUUGAUCCGCCCGAAAUCGCGUAUACGCUUCCGGCGUCGGCCCUUGAGGCUGGUGUCCUUUAUGGAGCCCAGCAGACGAAUCCAAUUUAUGCGGCGACCCUAGCUGGUGCCGGCAUACCCAUACUUUCGCAUCACCAUACGGCUCUCAUGCAAAGCCAACUCAUGCAUUACAAUCCAGCUUAUCAUCAACAUCUUCACAAUCAAGCCUUAGUAGCAGCACGUCUUUCUGGUCAAGAAGCGGUGCAGUUUAUGGUGGCCGAAUACGCUAGAGUAUAUGAUAACAACCAAGUAAUUGCAAAACCACCAAUAAAAGUGCCCCAUGAGUCAUCUUUAGGUUCGGCUAUAAAUUCCUUUUAUAGCGAUAUAGCGUCAAUUGAACAAAAAUCGACAGCCGACAUUGAAAAAGAAAAGGUUGAAUUACGGUUAGUUGAGUCAAUACCUUCGCCAAUAGCACAAAUACCCGCUUUGGAAACAGAGUCAAACACAGUUGAAGCGAUAAAAGAAAAAAAAAAGAAAAAGUUAAAAACUGGAAUUGGCAAGAAGCAAAAGGAAAUGUCUAGUAUGGUUGCAAAAUGGCAGAGGGCUCAAAAAAACUAUAAAGAUGGUCAUUAAAUUAUAAGGUCCUGCAUUAAUUAGAUAUCCAAUUUUAUGGACAAUUGACAUGUAUAUACAAGUACAAAUUAAUGUAAUUCGAAUAUUUUGUAUUUGCGUGUAAUGAUGUAUUAUAAACACUUAAUUAGGUAUGUCAACUUGUACAGCACACUAGUGUCACAAUGAGAUGCUUAUAAUAUAUACAAGAAAAAUAAAUUUAUGUAUAAAAGAAAAUUU